UGAGUACAGGGGGAGGAGGCGGCUGAGCAGUGAGGUCAGUUUGCCUCUGGCUCUCAGGGUAGUGUGUCUCCAAGACAGACAGAAUGAUUAGCAGUGUCCUCGUAACAGGCUCUAAUCGUGGGAUCGGGUUAGAACUGAUCAAGAAAUUUAUAGUUAAAUCCCAGCCUCCUGAGAAGAUAUUUGCAACCUGCAGGAACCCAAAUGGACCCCGGAGUGAGGAAUUAAGGAGUUUAGCUUCGAAGCAUAGCAAUAUUGUGCUACUUCCUCUGGACGCCACUGAUACAAACAGUGUGAAAGGAGCCGUAGUAGAAGUUGAAAAACAUCUGAACGGGUCUGGGUUAAAUCUGCUAAUAAACAAUGCUGGAGUGAUGCCACGUGUAAACCUGGACAAGGUGGAUGCUGAUGAUAUGAUCGAUACCUUCAGAACAAAUGUGGUUGGACCCAUGCAAGUAACCCAGGCUUUUUAUCCAUUGCUGAAGAAAUCUGCAGAAAAUAAUGCACAGGAGCCUUUAGGCUGCAAGAGGGCAGCUCUGGUGAAUGUGUCAUCUUUGCUGGGCUCUAUUGAAAAAACCUCAUUGACCUUUGAUGUUGAAAAACAAGUUGUAUCCUACCGAAUCAGCAAGGCCGCUCUGAAUAUGCUUACGCGUUUGCAAUCUGAAUCAUACAAGAAGGAUGGUAUUAUUUGUACAGCUCUUCACCCUGGCUGGGUUAAAACAGAAAUGGGAACUGAGCGGGCUCCCCUGACAACUGAUGAAAGUGCAACUGGAAUUAUGGAAGUUCUUAAUUCUCUCUCUGAGAAACAAAAUGGCAUUUUGGUCUGCUGGGAUGGAAGUGUACUGCCCUGGUGAGACCGUGAAGAUUCAAUGUCCACCUGCAUGUCAUCUCUAUAAUGAAAACAUCUGAAAAUAAAUGCUAGUGUUAUGUAAGAAGA